AUGAGUGAAUCAAAUAAUAAUAAUAAUAAUAAUGAUAAUAAUAAAGAUGAAACCAAUAAUAAUAAAGAAGAGCAAACCCAAACACAACUACCCGUCUCACACAAUCCUACGCACAUACAAUCACCAUUAGCACAAAAACAAACCAUUGAAUCGAGUAACAAUAAUAAUCAUAAUAAUAAUAAUACAGGUAUUAUUUAUAAUCAUAGUUAUGGUAGUUUAGUUGAUGGUGGAGGACAUGAUAAUAUAAUUAUUAUUGAUAAGAGUAGAAGUCAUAGUCAAGGUUAUACAGGUAGUCACAAUAAUAAUAAUAAUAAUAAUAAUAAUAAUAAUAAUAAUAAUAAUAAUAAUAAUAAUAAUAAUAAUAUUAAUAAUAAUAAUAAUAGUCAACAUCACCAUCAACAUAAUCAACAUCAUUCAAGUAAUCCGAGUGGAUUAGGUCAUGCCAGAAGUUAUAGUCAUGGUGGCGGUGGCGGUGGUGGUCAUAACAGUGGCCAACAUUCUAAAGGAUCAGUUACAGCAAGACAUAGUUAUGAUAUGUCAAAGAAUAAUAAAAACGAUUGUAGAGAUGAUAUUAGCGUUUCAUUUCAUGAUACAUAUAGUGAUAAUCAAAGAAUUCAUCAACAUCCUGAAACUGGUUUAACUUCAAUUCAAGCAAAAGAGAAAUUAAAAUAUUUAAUUGAAAAUUUAUUAAAUGAAAAAGAAAUGAUUAAUCCAUUUUCGAGUAGAAAAGUAAUAAUUAAAGAAUUAUUAAAAGUUACACCUAUAUUAUACAUAAUUGGAGCAUUAUUAUUAAUUGUAGCAUAUGGAUUAAGAUAUGAGUAUGGAUUUCAAUCGAUUUAUAUUAUAUUGGAUGCAGCUUUAUUAUUGCUAUUCAUUGUCCUACAUUUCUAUAUGCAUGUAAGGGAACAAAAGACAGAACACAAUGAAAUCAUAUCAAAAGCAAGAGGACAUUUAAAGAGAUACGAUGUAUUUGGUGACACCCUUGAAAAUGGUGUAACAACUACAUCCGAUUCAAUUUCAUUAAUGUCAGUUUGUAGAGAUGAAAUUUGGAAGAAAUUACCAUUAUCAAUAUUGGUAGAAGGCGAUUUGGCAUCCCUAAGAGAGGGUGAGUUGGUUCAAGUACCAUUAGAAUGCAUAGAACCUGAUUUUAAAGAUAUUCAUUUUAAAAAAGGUGAACAUUAUACAUCUGAUUUAUUAUUUCAAAAAUUACAACAAUUAAAUCCAAAACCAUUAAAUGAAACUAGUACAACUUCACCAACAGAAACCAUAACCAAUCCAACAACAACAAAAACAAAUGCUAAUAAUAAUUAUAAUAAUAAUAAUAAUGAAGAAGAAGAAGAAGAAGAAGAAGAAGAAGAAGAAAUUCAAUUAAAAAUUAAAAAAUUAUUUAAUUCAGGUAGAUGCUGUUUUUUAGUGAAAGAGACACCAUGUUUUUCACAAAUUGAAAUGUCAAUAGAAUCAAAUGAUAAACAUCAAAAACUUAGACCAACCAAUCCAGUUAUAAAUGCAAUUAAUUAUAUUUAUUUAGUGGUUGAAAGAUUUUUGUGGGCGUCAGUUGGUGUUUCAAUGUUUGCAAAUAUCUUUAGAUCAAUAUUUCAAAGUGAUAGAGAUUUAGUGGAUUUAUUAAUUAUUCGUCAAGUUAAUUUAAUGAUUGCAUUUAGUUUUGUAAUGUUACCUUGUAUAUUACUAUUAAUAACCUAUUCGAUUGGUCAUGCGAAAUUAUUGGCACUUUAUGAUGUACUCCAAGAGAGAUCAUUAAAAGGGGAGAUUAGUGACGACCAUCCAGCUUUAAAUUUCGAUACAGAUUAUAAUGAUGACAAAAUACCAGAUAUCCCAACCAAAUUGAUGAAAACCUAUUGGCAAGCAAUCGUUAGUACUAAACAUGUAGCAUUUUCACAUUCUUCCAAUUUAUUACAUAGUAUUGCAAGUACAACUGUAAUUUGUUGUAUCGAUAAAGAUGGUGUUGUAUCAGAACCUGUCAAUACAGUUGGUGAAGUUUGUUUUCUAAAAGAUGAACCUGUUAGAUUGGAAUUAUCCUCAGAAUAUAGUCACACUCAGUAUAGUAUAAGUUUUAAUGAUAAUGAAUGGCGAGAUCAUAUUAAUGCCUUAAAACCAUUAGGUUUAGAUUGUAUUUUAAAUCGUACUUGUAGAUUAUAUUCAGAAUUACCAAAAUUAUUACAAUUACCACCACCACAACCACCACUAGUUCAAUCAACUUCAACUACACCAGGUGGAGUACCAUCUUUACCACAUAGUGGUAGUCAAAUCUUCUCACAGGAUCAAGCAUCAAAAUUACAAUUAAUUCGUGAUCGUGAAGAAAGUUCAGAUUCAAAUUCACAAUGCCUUUGUUUAUUAGCAAAAGAAAUUGGUUUCUCUGAAGAUGUUUCAAAUCAAUAUAUUCGUUUAAAAGAAAUUCAUACACUAACUCAAUCUCAUCAUAAAAAAUCAACAAAUCCAACACCAUCACCAUCUUCACCUUUAUUAUCAUCUGAUAAAGAUAAAAAAAUAGAAACAACUGAUAAAAUACCAUCAGGAACAACAGAAGCAACAGGAACAACAACAGCAACAAUAACAACAGCAGUUGUACCAGAAUCAACAACACCAUCAUCAAUAAUAACAGGAACAUCAUCAACGCAAGAUGAUUUAAUAUCACCAUAUAUGAUAUCAUUAGUUAGUAAAGAUAUUAAUUCAGAUACACUUCAACUUUUAACAAAAGGUAGUACUGAUUUGGUUAUUGAUCAUUGUCAAUAUUAUUUUGAUGGUGAAUCAAUUAGAAAUUUAGGUGAAGCUGAAAAAGAAAAAAUUAAACAAAUCUAUACAAAAUGGGAUACAAAUGAAAGUUUAAAAGCAAUUUGUUUUGCUUAUAAACCAAUUGAAUCACAAUUUAGAAAAUUAUUUGUUUCUGGUAAUGUUAAUAGUCCACUAGUUGAUGUUAGAUUUUCACCUUCUGAAGAUGAUUUAAAUAAUUUAGAAUUAAAUAAUAAUAAUAAUAAUAAUAAUGGAAAUGAUAAUACUACCACCACCAAUAAUAAUAAUAAUAAUAAUAUUGAAAUUAAUAAAAAUAUAAAUACAUCACCAAAUGUAAAUAGAAAGAAUAGUAAAUCAAGCCAUAAUGAUAAUUUAAGAGUUCAAUUAACAUCAAAGAAUAUUGAUGAGUCUAAAUUAAGUCAAUCAGAGGGAAUUCCAAAAAUUAUUUAUCCCGCAACAUCAACUUCAACAUCAACUUCAGGUGAACAACAACAACAUCAACAGCAACGUCAUGGAGUUAGUCAUAAACAUUCACAAUCAUUAACAUUACCAUCAUCAUCAACAUCUGAUGUUGUAAUUGUUGUUGGUUCGCCAUUACCAGGUUCACCUGCACCUCCACAUAAUAAUAAUAAUAAUAAUAAUGGUACACCAAUUAGUGCAAGUGGUAAAAUCAAGAAAAAGAAUAAUAGAUUAUCAAAGUUUUCAUCAAGUAUUGCAAGUUUAUCAACAUCAAGAUUCCUUAGACCAAGUAAAUCUGCAAAUACAAGUAGUACAAAUUUAAAUAAUCAACAAUCACCUUCAAUUUCACCACCAAUUCAAACUACUUCCGAUAAUGAGGAUAAUAAUAAUAAUAAUAAUUAUGAUGAAGAUGAUGUUAAAGUUAAAAAAGUUACAAUCGAUUCAGAAUAUGAAGAAUAUGAAGAUGAUAAUGAUGAUGAUUAUGAUGAUGAUGACGAUGAUGAUGAAGAAGUUAUAAUUAAAAAAGUUGCAGAACCAAGUGAUGAUGACGAUGAUAAUGAUGAUAUUAAUAAGAGUAAACCACCACAACAUCAUAAUAGCGAUAAAUCAGUUGAUGUUGAGGAAUACGAGAAUGAAAAUGAUGAAUCCGAUUAUUCAAGCGAUAAUAAUAGUGAAACUGAAGAAAUUACAAAAGAUUCUUCAUUCUCUGUUAGUGAACCAUCGGAAAAUGAUAAGAAAAAGAAAAAGAAAUUAUCAUCUUCAUUCUCACCAAAUUUAUAUAAAUUUAAAAAGAAUAAAAAAGAUAAAAAAGAUAAAAAACAAAAAGAUAAAAAAUCAACAACAAAAACAACAACCACAACAACAACUUCAAAUACAACAAAUAAUAAUAAUAAUAAUAAUAGUAUUUUAUUUAAUAAUAAUUUUGAUGCAUCUAGAAAUAAUUCAUUUGCAGAUACAAGUUUAAUUAAUAAGAAUCAAUUACAACAUGGUAGUAGUUUAGGUGAUUCAUAUAUUGGUGAUGAAUAUUUACCAAGUAAUUUAGAGGAUAUUGAUGUAUUGGAACAAUUACAAAUGAAUCAAAUUUUCAUUGGUAUGGCAGGUAUGAAAGUUUUACCAAAAUCACAUGCAAACCAUUUCGUUGAAGUUUUAAGAGCAGCUGGUAUACGUUUUGUUUAUUUCUCCAAUGAAGAUAGAAGAACUAGUAAUUCAUUUGUAAAUAAAUUGGGUUUGGAGACUGAUUGGAAUUGUUGUAUCUCAUUGAGAGACCCCGCACCAAAUGAAGUGAUUGUUCCCGAUGGUCCAUCUAGAUUACCAAAAGGAAUUUCAUCGAUAAGACAACAUUUAGAGGAAGUUGAUAAUGUUCCAUUGUUGGUACCAAUGUUUUCAGAUUGUAAUAAAACCAAUACCAAAGAAAUGAUUAAAAUUUUACAAGAGAACGGUGAAGUUGUAUGUUGUAUUGGUAGUGCAUUAAACUAUGAAAAUACUUCAAUUUUUUGUCAAUCAGAUUUGGCCUUCUCAUUGGAGCCUGCUGUACCACGUUGCUUGAAUCAACCAUUGAAUAAAUCGGAUCCAUUGCCAUUGUUAACUAGUAGAAAUUUUUUUGAAACACCAACUUCCAAUAGUCUUAGUGGAACAGCCAAAGAUCCAUCAUUACCCAUUCAUACUAUCGCUGGUACUAAGCGUGUACCAUCAGAAUAUCCAAGUACUCAUAGUUUAAAUUGCGAUUUAACUUCUUUGCCUUGUUCAUUGGUUUUCCAUCGUAGAACUGAUUUCAAUGAGAUUUUAAAAUUCUUUCAUGUUGGUAGACAAUUACUUACAAAUACAAGACAAUGUUUGCUAUUCAUCCUAAGUGCAAGUAUGUCUUUGGUAUUGAUGACUUUGGUUGGUGGUAUACUGGCUUUAAGUUUAAAUCGUGAUGGUGUAAUUGGCCAGGUUCCAUUGACUGGUUUACAAUUGAUGUGGUUAGAAUUCUUAAUCAUUCCAUUAUUGGGUUACUCACUAUUGGCAACACCAGAAGAUCAAGAUGUAAUGAAAACAUUAAGUCCAAAGAACAAUUCAGAGUUUGAACAUAUUCCAACAUUUGCUCAAUAUAUUGCAAUUAGAUUGGUUCCUUCAAUUUUAUUAACUGCUUUCUUUUUCCUUUGGUCUUUACAUUCUUUAACUGGUGCAAGUUGGUCAAAUAUAUUUGGUGCAGAUUUAUCCGAAUGGAGUUCAAAUGUUGGUGGUGGCGAUGGUGUAUCUUUCUCUUCAGCACUCUUGGUUUCACAAAACAUUAUGAUGUUUGCAUUUGUAUAUUAUCUUUGUGUCACAAGUAUAAGUUUCAUUCAUCAUACUCAAAGUAUUACUAAAUUCAAUCCCCUAAGAAAUUAUGUUUGGGUUUUCGUUGUUGUCUUAUGUUUAGCACUUCAAAUCGCUUUCUCUUUUAUCUCUUUAAAAGUUAUCGAUGGUAUUCAUUUGCUUGGUAAAGUUUCAUUCGAAUUGUAUAUAGUUUUAUUCUGUUGGGCUUUCUUUGUAAUUGCAAUCGAUGAAUUUGUUAAAAGAUUAUAUAAAAAAUGGUUUGAUGAUUUACAAUUAGAAUUAAGAUUAGAAUUUGAUACAAAAUUGGGUAUGCACUCACCAAUUUAA